GCCCCACUAUGACGGUUGUUUGCUUUCAAGCACGAUUCUAAACUAUGCCUCAGCUUCAAACAUCACGUCUCAACUCUGCAACGACACCAGUGCUUCUCUGUUUACUACUUGUAAUCUCUCUGUUCCCUGGUCUGUUUCACUAUCUCUGGACACUGCCUUUUAGCCUUGUUGGAUUAUCAGGAUCCCCUCAACCCCGCUCAACUGCCCCUCCAGUGAUAGACCGUUCGACGGCAACAACCAUGAGCUUUUUUCAGAAGCAAUUCACCCUUCCUGCUAAGUCACGGGGAUCAUACCUCAUAACUGAUCAGGUUGUGUCUUCACUUCCCGAAAUUCGGGAUUACAAGGUCGGCCUUUUGAACCUUUUCGUUCAACACACGAGUUGUGCUUUGAGCUUGAACGAGAACUGGGACUCUGAUGUUCGAGAGGAUAUGAGCGAUGCUCUUGACAGAAUCGCGCCAGCUGAAGGACCCAAGGGAGAGGCUCUAUACCGUCAUGAUGCCGAGGGCCCAGACGACAUGCCUGCCCAUAUCAAGUCUGCACUCAUUGGGGCGAGCGUUACUAUUCCCAUUAAGGAUGGAAAGCUUGUAAGUGCCAGCCAAUUUUUAACUCGGCCAUAAGUGACUGAUAUCGCCAUACCUAGGCUACAGGAACUUGGCAGGGAAUCUGGUACCUUGAGUUCCGUGCCGCUCGCCACCAGAGACGGGUCGUUGCAACUAUCCAGGGGGAAAAGGCUUGAGUGAGAUGCACAGAAAAGUGGGACCUAGAUGUAUAGAAAAGGGAAAGAAAAGAGAAAACCUAGACUCGAGCUUUUACACGUCCUUCCUAUACGAGCAAACAACCAAAAACGCCGAACACCAUCGCCGUGUCUCCGCGGUCCUGUAGGGGGAUCAGCUUGUUCCAUUCUCCUCCUUCAUGUCCGUAUCGGCGCCUGCCAAGACUUUUGUGUAUGGAACAUAGCCCUCUGGCGCGGCAGACCCUGGUGUGGCAGCGACGACGUUGCCAUUCUCGUCCACGAACUCAAAGUUGUAUCGACUGAGAAGAUGGGGAAUUGCAGAAAGCUGUGGGCCGUAUCGGGCAGUGUUGUCGUAGAGUUCGAAUAGAGGAACGGCCAGAAGCUUCAUGUUCUUGGGAACGCUUAGAACCUCUACGAAAAGAAUAAGUAUCUAGUUUCUCAAUGAUGAUCGGUUGACCUACUUUGUUUGGGCAACUGAAUAAAGUAGAGCUUCUUGC